AUGGCUGCCGGACAUGUACUUAACUUGACACCAUCAGCAAAUGCCAACAGAAUUCCAUACGAAGACUUUCACCACAUGACAGCUCAUGGCUUGGCAAAACAAUUGUGUGUCUUUGGCUGCCUCACAUGGGUUCACCUCCCAAAGAAAGAUCAUGCAGGUAAGCAUGGUGCAAGAGCCAUACCAGGAAUCAUGAUUGGUUAUGAUGAUGAGCACAAGGGAUGGAAAUUCUUCACUCCAGACCACAUGCCGUCCAUCCAGUGGAGCAAUUCAGUUACAUUCCAUGAACACAAAGGUUGGCAUGAUCGACCCAAAGUACAAAGCCCACUGCAAAUCGGUUUUGAGAGCCUCGAAGCAGAAAGUGCCAAACCAGAGGCAAACAACCUCGAACCUGAACCAGAAAUCAAAGAGUUUGACAUGCAAGACUCACUCCAACAUGCACCCAUUGAACAACCGAUCAAUGAUACUGAAGACAACCGAUCAGAGAUAGCAGUUGAAGACAUGAUCAGGGGAGCGAACACCACCACCCUAAACCUCACACCAACAAUGAAAGAAGCACUCGCCAGUGAAGAUGCACAGCAAUGGCAAGAAGCCAUAUGCAAGGAGUUGGAUGGACUGGAGGCCAUGGGAACUUGGGAAAUCGUGGAUGUACCACCAAGCACCAAACUCGUCAACUCUAAGAUCAUCCUCCAUCUCAAGCUGGAUGCUGAUGGGGACUGGGAGGUCCAUCAACUCAACAUCAUGAUGGCCUACCUCAACUCCACACUCAAGCAUGUUAUCUAUAUGAAACUGCCAGAAGGGGCAAAGGUACCAAAAGGAAAAGCUUAUCGGGUAGUGAAAGGGUUAUAUGGACUCAAGCAAUCAGGACAGGAGUGGAACAUGGAGUUCAAUAAGUUCCUGCAAGGAAAAGGGGACAACUUUGCAAUAGUGAUUAUCUAUGUUGAUGAUACAUUGAUUAUAUCUCCAAAGCUAGAAAUGGUCAAAUGCAUCAAGGAGGAAAUAGGCAAGAAGUGGAAGAUGGAGGAGGGUGGCAACGUGUCUCACUUCCUUGGAAUCAAGAUCACCAGGGAUUGCAAAGAAAAGACAAUGGACCUCAGGCAGACCAGUUACAUUAAACAGCUACUGGACAAACACCUAGACAAAUGCAGGAGAAAAUCCAGCAUACUGCUCCAAGACAUACCAGCCCCAGAGACAGCAGUGAGCACAGCCGAACAAAAGGAAUACCUGCAGAUUGUUGGCAAGCUCCUAUGGCUCUUGAAUGGAACAUGCCCAGAUAUCAGCCAAGCAGUAGGGGUCCUUGCAUGCUAUAUGACUCAACCAUCAAAAGAGCAUUGCAAUGCAGUGCAGAAGGUACUACAAUACCUAGAUGGCACCCAGGAUGUCCAUCUACGAUAUGGUGGCAACAAGGAACAAGAGUUUCUAAUGGCGCAUAGUGACGCAAACUGGGCAAGUGAUGCUACCGCACAACAAAGAAGCUCAUCAGGCUCAGCAGUGUUUGUACACAGGAACCUGGUCACAUGGAAGUCAGCACUACAGCGCUGCACUGCUUUGUCAGCAGUGGAAGCAGAGUUUGUGGCAGCAACUGAAGCUGCACAAGAAAUACUUUUCUUCAGGCAUCUCUUCAAAGCUAUUGGAAUUGAUGUCAGCACCCCCACAAUCUUUUCAGACAACACAGGCACCAUUCAGGUUAGUAAGGAUCCAGCACAACAUUGGAAGUUGAAGCAUAUCGACACCAAGUACCACUUUAUCAGAGAUAACAUGCAAGAUGGAAAUGUCAAAAUCAAAUAUAUUGGCACCAAGGACAACUUGGCUGACAUCUUUACCAAGCCAGUAGGCAAGGAAGUAUUAUGA